ACUAUCUCUUACCGGCACAGCCAAACAUCUACUUAUAAGAAAAUCUUCUUUAUUCCUCUGCCCCAUUCUCUGAUCAGGAGAUCUCUAUCUCCUUUUUUUCUUUCCCGUUAAAUUUUCAGAGAUUUGAAUGGAUAAUAUAGAAAUUCCACAGUAUUAUCUCUGUCCCAUAUCGCUCCAAAUCAUGAAAGAUCCUGUUACGACCAUAACAGGCAUCACCUAUGACAGAGAAAGUAUCGAACAAUGGCUGAAGACUACAGCUGCAGGACGCAAUAAGGACUGCCCUACUUGCCCUGUGACGAAGCAGCCUUUGCCACGGGACUCUGAUUUGACCCCAAAUCACAUGUUAAGAAGAUUAAUUCAAGCAUGGUGCAUUUCAAAUUCCAAGAAUGGUGUUGAUCCAAUUCCUACUCCCAAAUCUCCUCUCAGUAAGAGUUUUAUCCUCAAGCUUAUUAAGGAUCUUGAUGUUCCUGUUUUAUGUACACAAGCAUUGAAGAACAUGGAAGCUCUAGCUAUCGAGGAUGAAAGGAACAGAACGUCUAUGGUGGAAGUGGGUUUGGCUAAAGCUUUGGUUUCUCUUGUCUUAAAAUGUUUCAGACAAAGAAAAACAACUGGUCUCGAAGAAGCAUUGAAAACCCUCUAUCUUAUCUGGAAUUCAUCUCAAGAUAUCAAGUUUCCAGUCAAAGAUAACCAAGAUUUUAUGGAUUCGUUGUUAUGGGUUUUAGGGUGUGAUAUAGAUCGUAAUCGUGUAGUUGUCAAGAGCCACUCAAUGCUAGUUUUGAAAAAAACAAUAGAAUCUGCUACUACAAGCCUGCUUGAGAGUUUAAACACCGAUUUCUUCAGAGGAAUCAUAAGAGUGCUUAGAGAGAACAUCUCUCGACAAGCUGUAAAAUCAGCCUUGCUUGUGCUGAUAGAAGUGUGUCCAUGGGGUAGGAACAGAACAAAAAUUAUUGAAGCAAAAGCAGUAUUUGAGCUCAUUGAACUUGAGCUUGAAAAACCUGAGAAGAACAUCACAGAACUCAUUUUCAAUCUCUUGGCACAAUUAUGUUCUUGCGCAGACGGAAGAGAACAAUUUCUGAAACAUGCAGGAAGCAUUGCAAUGAUAUCAAAGAGAAUCCUUAGGGUUUCACCUGCAACAGACGAUCGAGCAGUGCACAUACUUGGGUUGAUCUCCAAGUUUUCUGCCACAAGUCAAGUUCUUCUAGAGAUGUUGAGGGUUGGUGCUGUAUCAAAGCUAUGCAUGGUGAUUCAAGCAGAUUGUGCCACCUAUUUAAAACAGCAUGCAAGAGGGAUUCUUAGGUUGCAUUCUAAUGUGUGGAACAAUUCACCUUGUAUUGCUGUAUAUUUGUUAACCAGGUGCCAUCGGUAAUUAAUUCACUUUUUUUUUCCUUUUCAAGUCAUUAAA